GAGGACAGGGCAGGGACUCAAGACAUGAAAGAGCCCGGGAGGGUUCCCUCCCCAAACAGUCCUUUCGGUCUCCGCAGAGAGGGAUUCUGCUCUUGCCACGUGUUUGGGGAGGGGGGCUUUUAAAUCCUUUCCAAAGCCAAGUGAAGGAGAGUGUCUUUCCAGAGUCAGAGGCAACCCAAGAGAAAGGGGAAAGAGAUGGAAGAGAAGGACCCCAAAAGCCCUGAAACUGGCAAGAUAUUGAAAAAUGGUCCCCAUCCCAUCCAAGCAGGGAGUGGUGCUGAAUUCUGGGAAAGAGCUGUGCCAGAGAUCUUGGUUCAGGACCCUGUGACCACAGAAGUAUGUAGCCAAUACUUCCGGAAGUUCUGUUACCAUGAGGCUGAUGGGCCCCGAGAGGUUUGCAGCCGGCUCCAUGGACUUUGCAACCACUGGCUAGAGCCAGAGAGGCACACCAAGAAGGAGAUGGUGGACCUGGUGAUCCUGGAGCAGUUCCUGGCCAUCCUGCCCCAGGAAGUGCAGGGCUGGGUCAGAGGAUGCGGGCCGGAGACCAGUUCCCAGGCAGUGGCCCUGGCCGAAGGUUUCCUCCUGAGUCAGGCAGAGGAGAAGAGGCAGGCACAGCAGAUGUGGAAAAGACCUGUGAAGGUGGAAGCAAAGUUCUCUGAGACAGAGGGAGCUCCGUCAGAGGAAGGUCAGAGGACGCAGGCCCCGGAGCAUACCCGAGAGGCCCUGUCAAGUGGCAGUGAAGACAUGUCAUUGAGCUAUUUUCUUUGCAGAGAAGUUGCUCAGCCUCUGAUCCAGUCUCCAUUUUCCUUUGAGGAGGUGGCUGUGUAUUUCACCAAGGCGGAGUGGGGCCUGCUGGAUCCGGGCCAAAAAGCUCUCUAUAGGGAAGUCAUGCAGGAGAACUAUGGGAACGUGGCUUUUCUGGCAGAUGUAAAGGAGACAGCUAGGGAAUUCCAGGGGUUCUCUUUGGAAAAAGUAAAGAAUGAAGAUGCUGAAGAAAACUUUGGAGAUGGAGAUGGAUCACAAAAGAAGGAGGAAAGCCAUGCAGCAAGAGAUGAUCAGAGGAAUGAGGACGAUGGGGAACUGCAUCAUCUAUUGCUUGAUGAAGUCAAGAAGGAAGAUGUGAGAAGAAAUGUCAGGAUUCAAGGCAGACUGAAGAGGCAGAAAGUCAGUCACAGGAUGAAACAGAGGGAUAAAUCCAUUCUUUGCCAAGAGGGGGAUUUCCAAGAAGUAAUUCCCAUGUUGGAGAAAGCAUACAAGUGCUUGGCGUGUGGAAUGAACUUCUCAGAUCAAACCCAAUAUAUUGUCCAUUUCGGAAUGCACAGUGGAAAGAAGACCCAUCAAUGCCUGGAGUGUGGAAAGAUCAUGAUUCACAGAGCAGAGUUCCUUCGACAUUUAAGGACACAUACAGGAAAGAAACCUUCUAGCUGCUCAGACUGUGGCAAGAGCAUCUCAGAGAAAUCAGACCUUGUUCAACAUCAAAGAAUUCAUACAAGAGAGAAGCCUUUAAUCUAUUCCAAGAGUGGAGUGAUAUUCUUGAAUGGAAAAGAGAGUAAUAUACAUUUUUCAAAGCACAGUAUACUGAAUACAUGUCAAUGUUUUCAGUGUGGAAAGUACUUCAGAUACAAAUCACAGUUCCUUGUACACCAAAGGAGUCACAGAGUGGGGAAACCUUUUGAAUGCUCAGAGCAUGGGAAGAGAUUCAGUCAAACUGGCCAUCUUCAAAGUCAUCUUAGAACCCAUAGAGGGGAGAAGCCUUUUGAAUGCUCAGAAUGUGGGAAGAGAUUCAGUCAGACUAGCAGUCUUCAACAGCAUCAAAGAACCCACAGAGGGGAGAAGCCUUUUGAAUGCUCAGAAUGUGGGAAGAGAUUCAGUCACAGUGGCCAUCUUCAAUGUCAUUUCAGAACCCACAGAGGGGAGAAGCCUUUUGAAUGCUCAGAGUGUGGAAAGAGAUUCAGUCAGAGUGGCAGUCUUCAACUGCAUCAAAGAACUCACACAGGGGAGAAACCUUUGGAAUGCUCAGAAUGUGGGAAGAGAUUCAGUUGGAGUGGCAGUCUUCAACUGCAUCAAAGAACCCACACGGGGGAGAAGCCUUUUGAAUGCUCAGAAUGUGGGAAGAGAUUUAGUGAGAGUAGCAGUCUUCAAAAACAUCUAAGAACCCACACAGGGGAGAAGCCUUUUGAAUGUUCAGAGUGUGGGAAGAGAUUCAGUCAGAGUGGUCAUCUUCAAAGUCAUCAAAGAACCCACACAGGGGAGAAGCCUUUUGAAUGCUCAGAGUGUGGGAAGACAUUCAGUCACAGAAGCACUCUUCACCACCAUCAAAGUGUCCAUACAGGGGAGAAGCCUUUUGAAUGCUCAGAGUGUGGGCAGAGAUUCAGUCACAAUGGCCAUCUUCAACAGCAUCAAAGAACCCACACAGGAGAGAAGCCUUUUGAAUGCUCAGAGUGUGGGAAGAGAUUCAGUCGGAAUGGCCAUCUUCAGAGUCAUCGAAGAACCCACACAGGAGAGAAGCCUUUUGAAUGCUCAGAGUGUGGGAAGAGAUUCAGUCACAGUGGCAAUCUUCAAAAACAUCUAAGAAUCCAUACAGGGGAGAAGUCUUUUGAAUGCUCAGAGUGUGGGAAGAGAUUCAGUGACAGAAGUACUCUUCAACGUCAUCACAGAAUCCAUACAGGGGAGAAGCCUUUUGAAUGCUCAGAGUGUGGGAAGAGAUUCAGUCACAAUUGCCAUCUUCAACAGCAUCAAAGAACCCACACAGGAGAGAAGCCUUUUGAAUGCUCAGAGUGUGGGAGGAAAUUCAGUCAGAGUAGCCAUCUUAAACAGCAUCAAGGAAUCCACGGAGGGCAAAAACCUGAAUAGACAUUCAGUCAGCAUUCUUAUGGGCAACAACAUCUAAGAUACCACACAGGGAAAAGACAUGUAACUUCUUAGCCUAGGAAGGCAUAUUGAACUCGUUACUAGAAUAUGGCAUGAAUUUUAUGAAUAUUCAUUCUAGAUUAGAGCUGUUUGUAGAUGUAUGUUAUUCCAAAACUAGGCAGUAUUUUAGAAGCAAAAGUCUUAAGUUUGACUGUAAUUCGGACCCAAAACCUGGUAACAUUUGCUAAGGCCAACUUCUGAAAGCUGAUCCUUCCAUAAAAUAUUGUACUGUUCUGAGGUCCGAUCAUAGGAACUAACAACUGGGAGUCUCACAGAAGUUGCUGGGUGACUUUGGGCCAGUCACUGUCUCAACCUGAUGUACUCAGCACAGUUGUUGUGAGGACAAAACCACAGAUGAGGAAAACCAUACUUGUACAUUUCUUCGGGUCCCUAUUUGGAGAGAAAAGGUACAGGUGCCUAAAAAUCAAACAAUGCUUCAAAAACUUCUGAAGUCUUUAAAGUUGCUCCAAGCUCUUGUUUUAUUGUAGCCUCCAGCUACACCCAUGCUCUUGCAUGUCACCCACCUGAAACACUCCUCCCCAGGGAAUGGUGAGGUAUAAAAAGAAACCAAUUUAAUUAAUUAAUAUGUCUGAGGAUUUUUUUUCUCUAUUUUUCCAGUGGAAAAACUGGAAAAUUUGUGGAAGUACUGAAGAACAAACUUUGAUACUGAAGAAUAAGCUGUUAUACUGCAGACAUAUACAGUGUUUUCAAUACUUGCUGUUUAAACAUAAAUUUUGGCAACAUUUAAUAUACUAAAAUUAAUACAUUAUUAAAGAGUUUAUUUUUUUCAA